AUGUCAACUUCAAUUCGGCGAAUUCUUCCCGCAGUCUUGGCUGCUCUGGCGGUCUUCAUCGAGCCCGCUUUGCAGACUUGCUCUUCCCACACAGAUUGUAGUUUGAAUGGCAUUUGUCAAGAUAAUAAAUGCAUAUGCGACCCGGGGUGGCGAGCUGAUGACUGCGGCGAGCUGGAUGUACAGCCCACAGUCAAGUACUCUGGCUUGAACCUCUCAGAUACAGGGACAUCAACCUGGGGCUCCAGAAUCAUCCAUGGUCCCAUGGACAAACAAAUGUUUCAUAUGUUCGUUUCGGAGUUCCCGGGUGGUUGCGGACUGGACUAUUGGGCACCGUUCAGCCGCAUCGCCCGCGCCGAAUCGAGGACUGGUCCGUUAGGUCCUUACAAUUUGGUAGAGGAGGUUGUUGGUGCCUUCGCUCAUAAUCCAACAGUCGUGUUUAGCGCCAAAGAUGGUCUAUACGCACUCUAUUAUAUUGGGUGCCCCAUGGUCCUACCCUCAAGUUGCUCUCAUAUGCAAUUUACUUGUGGCAAGGGCAAUGACGCCAACGGCGAAAGCGGGAUUUCGCUCGCUACCUCUCCAGAUCUCAGAACCUGGACCUUCCACGGCGAGGUUUUUUCAACUGGAGGCGGUGGUGCUUGGGACGAGACAGUGAUCAACCCAUCAGCGUUUGUGCUUGAAGGCGGCCCAGGAUCAGAUGAUUCCAUUCUUCUCGCAUACCGUGGCUGUCCGUACAACUGCCAUCCUUACCCGCCUUACGGUCCUGAGCUUAUCAGCAUCGCAUCCGCCUCUUCGUAUGCCGGACUUUACAAGCGUGUUGAGGGGGGGCCCUUGUUCAAGGAUGAGAACGAGGAUCCGUUCCUCUGGCGCGACAAGCGUGGAAACUAUCACAUGCUCUUGCACUCUCUUGAGCCCGAAGGCGGGUUUGGACUCGGGCCCAAAGUGGGACGACACGCUUAUGCUGCCUCCUGGGAUGGACCUUGGACCUUUGGCAGCAAGACUCUGGCGUUUAACACUACGGCGUUCUUCACGGAUGGGACUUCCAUUGACUUUCAUCGACGGGAGCGCCCCCAGAUAUUUUUUUCUGAGGACGGUGAAAUGACACCUCUGUACAUGACGAAUGGUGUGCAGGAGAAGGGGAAAGCCGGGAGCUACACUUUGAUUGUGCCGAUUGGCCAGGAAUUCAAGAAAUUCGAGCAAAGCUUAGGAAUUAGUGAGGCAAAGCACGAUGAACUCUAA